UAUAAGGAGUAAUGGGUCACGCAGGAUAUAAUGCAGCCUCCUGUUUACUUCACAACUUCAGAAAACCAGGAGCAGCAUUGCCAAGCAAACGUAUAGAAAGCACAACGUCAUUAAGCAAUGAAGUCAAUUCUGCUGCUGAACAUCUCCCUCCAUCUGCUGUGGUUCUGCAAUGGGCAGGCCUGUUCAGAGCAGCAAGAGGCUGUGAAAGUUCUGCGGCAAGUCCAGAAGUUGCUUACGGAGCAUGAGGCAUCGUACCUGCGGGGGCUAAAAGCUCUCAAUCAGAGACUUACACAACUGAGAGAUCAACUCCUGAAAGGGGAGAUCAAAGACAACUGCCCUCGUUUAAAAGCCCCUCGUCAUGGACGAAUACUGGGUGGGAAGCUAAAGGUAGGGCAUGAGAUUCACUUCUUGUGUGAUCCAGGAUAUCACCUGGUUGGAUCUGAAACCAGAACCUGCAGCAAGAACCAGACAUGGAGUGGGGAGGCUGCUCUCUGUACAGGAGAGCAGGUAUCAGUAACCAACGCGUCCUCCUUACAGCCAGCAAAGUGUUCUUCAUUCCAAAGCACUCGGCACUGUACUUGUGAUCCUGGGUACCUGAUCCAGCCUGGCGCUCUCUGCCAAGAUGUAGAUGAAUGCAGCAUGUUCCAAAAAAAUGCAGAGGCAAAGAUCUGUGUGCAUGAAUGUAUUAACACCGCUGGUUCUUACUUAUGCGUCUGUCCAGAAGGCUAUGUGCUGAACCCUCACCAAAACACCUGCCAGGAUAUUGAUGAAUGCAGCUUAGAGCAGAAUUCCUGUCCAAGAGGGGGUCUGUGUGUGAAUUUAUACGGGGGAUUCAUUUGUGUCCAACCAGAGUGUCCAAAACCUAAACAGAACACCAGUUACGUCAAGACAUCAGUCCAACAGUGUGAAAAGUCCCCUUGCCUCAUGGGAAGCAAGAGUUGCCUAGAAGCCCCGCACUCCAUCUCCUUCCACUACAUUGCCUUGCAGUCGCAGCUCCCUGCCCCCAGGGUAUUGUUCACCAUGUCAGCCCCUCGCUCACUGGGAGACAGCCAGCGUUUCUCCAUUACCAGAGGGAAAGGUCGUGGGCUGGAAGUACGUCAAGCAGGCCGACACCGCUGGGAGCUGGUCCUUAGCAAACAACUCAGUGGUCCUGCAGAGAUACAUGUGGAUGUGGAAAUGGCAGAAACGUCCUCACAGGGUUUGCCUGGAAAACACAUCUUCUCUGUCACAAUCUAUGUCUCCAAGUAUCCAUUCUAAAGAUGUUCUUUGCAAAGCAUUCUUAAUGUAUUUAGUUUUAGUUUGCUUUAUACUAGCAGCUGGAAGCAGAAAAUAAAGUAGUGCCUGGUUUAUUAUAAAACA